AACACAAGAAAGGAAGAAACUUUCCCCCAAAACCCAUCAAAGAGCUCCUUGAUUCCAAACCUCCAAAAAUGCAGAGGCUUCUUUCUGUGAAAUUAGCCUCAAAACCUCACCAAAAACCUCUCAACCACCACCUCCACCACCACCACCACCACCACAAGCUCUUCCUUUUUCCACUUCCAACCUCACAAAACCUUCUCUUUCACCAAACCACCCCAAACCCAGUCCCAAAAUCACUUCUUUAGCUCCUUCCCCACACACCCACUUCCCCAUCAGCACAAUCUCACUCACAAAAUUCAUGGCUUUCUCUCCAACCCAAUAAUCAGGAGGCACUUUUUGCUGGGUUCCGCAAAUACCCUUUUGAGGGUAUCAAGCAAGAGACUUUCGGAUUGCAGGCUUGCCUUUCUCCAACGCAAAUUUCCCAGACAGAGUUUUGACUUGAACCCAAGUCGCAUUUCUAAUCAGAGUGCCUGGAGAUCAUGGUUGGGAAGGUUAUCAAGCAGUGACAUGGUUUUGGGAUUGGUUAUAGCUAAUGUUGCUGUUUUUCUUUUAUGGAAGAUAGCAGACCCUGUAUUCAUGUACAAGAAUUUUACUCUCUCAGUAUACAAUGUUACAAGUGGGCGUCUUCACACAUUGAUAACUUCUGCAUUUAGUCACAUUGAUGUUGGGCAUAUCAUUUCUAACAUGAUUGGACUGUAUUUUUUUGGGAUCAAUAUUGGAAGAACAUUCGGGCCUGAGUUUUUGCUAAAGUUGUAUCUAGCUGGAGCUAUUGGUGGCUCAGUCUUUUACUUGGUGCACCAUGCCUUCCUGGCUGCAUCAUCAAAGAACCGACCAUUUGGGAUGAUGGAUGCUUCUAAGACUCCAGCUUUGGGGGCAAGCGGUGCCGUUAAUGCUAUCAUGUUGCUUGAUAUAUUUCUUCACCCCACAGCUACUCUUUACUUAGAGUUUAUCAUACCAGUUCCUGCCAUGCUGCUGGGGAUCUUUCUAAUUGGAAAGGAUAUCUUAAGGAUAAUGGAGGGAAACAGUCAGAUUUCAGGAGCUGCACACUUGGGCGGUGCGGCAGUAGCAGCCAUAGCCUGGGCAAGACUUCGAAAGGGGCGUCGUUUAUUCUAGACGAGUCUGCAGAUUACUUAGGUAGCAUUUUGUAGAUGUCAUGUGUAGGAAACUGAGAUGUUCCAGCAUGUUAGCUAUUAGUCAGUGCCUUCGAGUAGGUUUUCCUUCUCGAGUUAUAUUACCGAUUCAUUCAAUGACACAAACUUCUUCCAAGACUUGUUCAACUUUUCCUAAUGUCAUAUUCAGACGGUUAGGAAUAGCUGAGCUCUAUUUAGUGUGGAAAGUGUUGCUUAUUUCUUCUGUUUAAAGCAUUUCAUGCCUGUGAAAAGAGCAACUCUGGACCUUCAGCCA